AGCUGUUAUAUCUACGCCAAAAAUUGAGCAUAUUGUUACUUCCAUUAUUCUCAAGAUCUUCAAGCUUUGUAGUUGCAGGUUUCAAUAAUGGCUCUCACCAAUGCAGACCAGGUAAUUUUUGAACAAGUCUUGGGGGUACGAAAAAUGAUACUAAACAGACCAAAGCAACUAAACACACUCAGCUAUGAGAUGUUAAGAAGUAUGUACGAGAAGUCAAGAGCUUAUGAGGAUGACCCCACGGUUAAGCUCGUUAUACUUAAGGCAAACGGGAAAGUAUUUUGUUGUGGGGGGGAUCUUGCAUCUGGUUAUACAUAUGUUCAACUUGGACAUUGGAGUUUUGGAGCCAGUUAUUACAGGAAAGAGUUUUGUUUAGAUUACUUACUCGCAACGUAUAAGAAACCAUUGCUUGCAAUUCUAGAUGGAAGCGUUAUUGGAGGAGGCGUUGGAAUAUCGAUACAUUCGACGUUUAGAAUCGUCACUGAGAAUACAAUUUUCGCGAUGCCUGAAGUGUUGAUUGGAGCAUUUCCUGAUGUUGGAGCAUCUUAUUUUCUUUCACGGCUUCCAGGAUUCUUUGGAGAAUAUGUGGGAUUGACUGGUGCUCGAUUAAAUGGAGCCGAGAUGCUUGUAUUUGGUCUUGGAACACAUUUUGUCCCGUCCAAGAAUCUAAAAUCUUUGGAGGAUGCUCUUGAAAAAACGGUUGCUUCAUUCGGUUCACCAAGUGUAGCUACAAUGUCCAUGAUUAUUAACAAGUUUGCACAAGUACAAGUCAAGUCAGAUAGUGCGUAUCUUAGGCUUGACAUGAUCAACCAAUGCUUCUGCGGUGAAUCAUGUGAAGAAAUAUUAUCCUCGUUGGAACACUUGGCUACACAAGUUCAAGAGAAAUGGGUCAUUGAUGCUAUCACAUCAAUGAAAUCCGCUAAUCCACUAGGUCUCAAGAUUUUCUUGAGAACGAUUAGAGAAGGUCGAUCCAAAAAUAUUGAGCAAUGUCUUGAGACAGAAUACAUUGCCAUCUCCAAUCUUAUUGCCGGAAAGAUUAGCCAUAACUACUAUGAGGGCGCUAGAGCUAUGUUAAUCGACAAAGACAAGAAACCUAAGUGGGUACCAUCAAAACUAGAGGAUGUUACAGAAGAAAUGGUGGCCAAGUGUUUUUCUAGAUCUUUCACCGAGGAUGAUGAUUGGUUGCCUUUACAACUUCCCACAAAAACUCGCGGAACCCAUGUCCGUGCAUCAAAACUCUGACGUUUACCAAGAAAGGUUCCUUUUCGGUAACCUAAAGCCCUUCAGCUCUAAUAAAAAAUUUCAUGUUCAAUAAAAAAUGGUGUGUAUUUUGUGUGUGACUUACUUGUUCGUGUUUUUCAGUUUAAUAUGUUACCCAUGUCAAAACUAAAAUAAUUAAGUUACAUCUGUUAUAAUUUAUUACUAUUUUACGCUCAUCCCAAUGUUUAUGUACUUUUAGGUUCAAAACUGUAUCAUCGUUAUAUAUUAUAAAUGUAACUAGGUUUAAAGAAGUUCGUCAUGUUGCG